UUUCGCUACGGUAGCACGGAGCACAUCACAAACUUUAUUGAGCACCGUGUAUCUGCAAGCUGUGGUUUGCAUUUCAAGUUUCAACGGAAUUAAGUUUUAAUAAAUCAAUUAUAGUUGAAUUAUUUGCUAUAACUUUGAACAUUCUUUAAGUGAAAAUGGUUUUAGCAGAACGCAACUCAGAAAAUGUUAGAAAUGGUCGAAGAUCAAGAGGUCCCAGCCCUAAUGGACAGACGGAAUCUUCAAGUGAAGAAGACGGAGUUCCAGCUGAGAAAAUACGUGUUGGCAGAGACUUCCAAGUUAUAGUACCAGAAUUUGUUCCUAUCAACGAACGCAGACUAGAUCAAUGCCCUGAUAGAGCUUUACUGGUUUGGUCUCCUACGACUGAUAUACCAGAUCAAAAAUUGGAUGAAUAUAUAAUAUUAGCAAAAGAAAAAUAUGGGUAUAAUGGUGAGCAGGCUUUGGGAAUGUUAUUUUGGCAUAAACAUAAUUUAGAACGUGCAGUAUUAGAUUUAGCAAAUUUUACACCAUUUCCUGAUGAAUGGACUGUUGAAGAUAAGGUGUUAUUCGAACAAGCAUUUCAGUUUCAUGGGAAGAGUUUUCACCGUAUUCGACAAAUGUUGCCUGAUAAGUCAAUUGCCAGUCUUGUAAAAUAUUACUAUAGUUGGAAAAAGACAAGAACUAGGACAUCAUUGAUGGAUAGACAGGCAAGAAAAUUAACAAGUGGUGGAAAAGAAGGGGAAAAUGGCAGCGAGAAUGGAAGUGAGUUAGGCUCAAAUACAGACAGCGAAUCUGAAGAAAAAAAAUGGACGAUCCACCGCGGAAUACGUCGUGGAAAGAACCAAGCUGUGCCAGGAAGCCAAAGCACUGACGCUAAGGCCCCAUCCGACUCGGAAAACGCCCCUCAGGUUCAGGGCUCGUGUAGCAACUGUGGCGUCGCUUGCAAUAGUGUACGUGCGACUCCGAAGGGACACGCGUGUCAUAGCUGCUAUCUGCACUGGAGGCGUACUGGUGUAGCAAGACCUCUAAGUUCUAUGCCAGGUCGUACAAACAAAAGAAAACCACCUCGCGGAUUGGUUGUAAAUCAUGAUGACUUGGCAGCAUUGGCUGGUCAACCAAAUCAAGCUAACAACAGCUUACAAGCUAUCGACACAGAGAUUGUUAGCCUAAAACGUCAAAUACAGUCAAACAAGCAACAAGUAAGUGCUUUAAAACGUAAGACAACUGAUGGAAUAGACGAUUUACGACCACCAGAAGUAUCUAGUCGUAUAAAUGCACGAUGGACGAAUGAUGAAUUACUGUUAGCUGUUCAAGGAGUUAGAAAAUACGGCAAAGAUUUCUCUGCAAUUGCUGAUGUAAUUGGUACUAAAACAGAAGCACAUUUACGGUCAUUCUUUGUAAAUUAUCGACGAAGGUACAAUUUAGAUGCCGUUCUAAAAGAAUAUGAAGCUGAGAAUGGUCCGAUACUAAUUGAUGAUGAUAAAGAAGAAAAGAUGGAUGUCGACCAACCAAAUGAAGUGGCAGAGUCAUCACAAAAAGCGAAAACAUCAAGCGGUUUAGGACAAACUGCAAAAUAACGAAUGAUUCUACUAAAUACCAAAUGUGACAAAGCUAAUUUCAGGAUUUCUGAAAGUCGACGUUAAUACAUAGAAAAGAUACUUGUUUGGAUUAAUUUUUUGAUUUUACAUGUACUUUUUGUUAAUAAUUAUAGGUGCAUAUAUAAAAGAAUAUACAUAUGCACAUUAGUACACAUGCAAAUAUUAAAAAUAUAUUUGCGGGUCAGUUACUAAAUCAAAGGUAUUUUAAAUAUUAUGACUUUGCAAACUUUAUUAAUUCGUAAACAUUUCAUAAAUGAAUGAAUUUAUUUUUUCAAUCUGUAAAAGUUUUUAUUGGUAUAGAUUACCAUAAAAUGAUUUAUACUUAA